AUGUAUGGGAGACAACUGUCUUAUGCGCCAACUCCGUAUAGCUAUACGCCCAACACGAACCUUUCAGCUACCAUUAAUUUAGAUGAGGAGGUCAAACUCACAUCAACGGCGGCCGAAAGAGACCUCUUUGACUCUUUAGCUGAGAUAUACAGCAUCAUUUUAACACUUGACGCUCUUGAAAAGGCUUAUAUAAAAGAUUCAAUUGCUGAAACCGAGUAUACCGAGACAUGCAAUAGAUUGCUCAAACAAUACAAAUCCAAUUUGAGCGACGACACGGUGGCCAAAGCAUUCGUUGAUCUAGAGACUUUCAAGAAUGAAUGGGAGAUAGAAUGUCCUCGAGCAACAGAGCGGCUGCGGGUAGGUCUGCCAGCGACGGUGGAGCAAGCUUCGCAUGCCACUCCAUCUGUUGGUCCGAGUUCCGCUGCUGGAAGUCUCAUUUUGGCAGCAACAGAGAACUUCAUCACAUUCCUCGAUGCUCUGAAAUUGAACUUGGUAUCAAAGGACAGUCUUCACCCACUUCUUUCUGACGUCAUUCAUUCCGUCAACAACGUUACAGACCGCGACUUUGAAAAUCGUGGAAAGAUUGUCCAAUGGCUUAUCACGCUGAAUCAAAUGCGGGCGACCGAGGAGCUCUCAGAGGAGCAGGCUCGGGAGCUUUCCUUUGACAUUGAACAGGCAUAUCAUGGCUUCAAAGCGACAUUGAAUUGA